GGCAGCACCAGGCACUACGGAAGCCGCGUUGGUGUUUACUGAUGACGUUUGAGCUAGCGCCGUGGAGCGAUGUGGCUAACGUCCGUAAACUGGAUGGACAUGUUAUAUUAAACGCCAGUUUCAACAAAUAGCUGCGGAAAGCAAGCUGGAGACAAACAGCUAGAAGAUGUUGGAGUCUUAUGUCACACCGCUCUUGAUGAGCUAUGUGAACAAGUACAUCAAGAAUCUGAAGCCCUCUGACCUGCAGCUCUCUCUUUGGGGAGGGGAUGUGGUGCUCAGCAAGUUGGACCUGAAGCUGGAUGUACUCGAGCAGGAGUUGAAGCUGCCCUUUACGUUCAUGAGCGGUCAUAUCCAUGAGCUUCGUAUCCACGUGCCCUGGACCAAGCUGGGAUCGGAGCCCGUAGUCAUCACCAUCAACACCAUGGAGUGCAUCCUCAAGCUCAGAGACGGAGCCCAGGAUGACCACGACAGCGGCUCUAGCUCCACCAGCCGAAGUGUCUCUGACAGCUCCAAGUCUGUGGCCAAGACACGCCGCCUACAGCAGGCUGCCCCCAGUGACCCAGACCUGCCCCCAGGUUACGUGCAGAGUCUGAUCCGGCGCGUGGUGAACAACGUAAACAUUGUGGUGAACAACUUGAUCCUGAAGUACGUGGAAGAUGACAUCGUGCUGUCAGUCAACAUCACCUCCGCCGAGUGUUACACUGUGGAUGACAUCUGGGAGAGGGCCUUCAUGGACAUUGCGGCUCCAGAGCUGGUCUUGAGAAAAGUGAUCAACUUUGCUGACUGCACCGUGUGCCUGGACAAGCGGAACGCCAGCGGCAAGAUAGAGUUUUAUCAGGACCCACUGUUGUACAAAUGCUCCUUCAGAACCCGCCUCCAUUUCACCUACGACAACAUCAAUUCUAAAAUACCAUCCGUCAUUAAAAUCCAGACGAUGGUGGAGAGCCUCAAGUUGUCCAUCACCGACCAGCAGCUCCCCAUGUUUAUCCGAAUAUUAGAGCUGAUUAUUACCCUCUACUACGGGGAGAUCGGAGGGCACAAAGAGGGUGAGGGCGAAGAGGGCGUUGGUCUCGUCAAGGAGGCUGGAGCGAGUUUACCUGCGAUAGAUGCAGAAAUGGAAAGUCAAGGGUCAAGCCAGUACUCGGGCCAGGAUGUCUACAUGCAGUCCGGGAGUCCUGAAGAGGGAGACCAAGGCUGGGUGUCAUGGGCUUGGUCCUUCGUUCCAGCCAUCGUAGGCGCAGAGGAAGAAGGAGAGGAAGGCCUGUACCAGCAGAGAGAGGCAGGAAGCGUCCCCAACAGCCCCCAGCAACACACUCCCAAAGACCCCAUUGUUUCCAUAGGCUUCUACUGCACCAAAGCUUCUGUUACCUUCAAGCUGACGGAGACCCAGUCGGAGAGCAGCUAUUACAGUCCUCAGAAGGUCAAGUCUAAAGAGGUCCUGUGUCUGGAACAGGAGGGAAUGACUAUUGAGGUGCUCAUGAUGGGGGACCCCUUUUUCGAUUGUCAAAUUGGUUUUGUAGGCUGCCGGGCUCUCUGCCUGAAAGGCAUCAUGGGAGUACGGGAUUUUGAGGAAAACAUGAACCGACGUGAAGAGGACGCGGUGUUCUUCAGCUGCGGAGACAGUCUAAGCAGUAAAGGAAUGACUUACCUCACCAACUCACUCUUUGACUACCGGAGUCCCGAGAACAAUGGAGUCAGGGCUGAAUUCAUCCUGGAUGCUGCUAAUCAUAAGGAGACCUACACGGAGAUAGCAGGCAUGCAGCGCUUUGGUGCCUUUUACAUGGAUUAUCUCUACACAAUGGAGAACGGCAGCGGCAAAGGCUCUCAGGACUUCUCUGUGGUUGGUAUGGAGGAGGUAGCGCCUGUGGUUCAAGAGACGUCCAUCAAGAGGUUGGUGGUGGGGCCUCUGGACAUCCGGCUGCACAGCAGCGCUGUUCACCGCAUCCUCAAGAUGGUGACAUGUGCCAUGGACCACGAGUAUGAGCCGUACUGCAAACCACAGCAAGAAAUCGUUGAGGAGAGCAGUGGCCCAGCUACUCCAGAAGAAAUAUCACGCUUGGAGGAAUUCAUCCCAACCAGACUCACCAGUCUCACCCUGUUACGAGUCUCAGUCACCGUCUCAAUGGCCGAGUUCAACCUCCUCCACACGCUGAUGCCCGUCAUCAUGGGGCGGAAGCAGACUGCACCAGGACCAGUCUCUGUGCCAGCGUUUCAGCCGCUGGAUCCCCUUCCGUCUUUGCAGUUCCAGGUGGAAAGGGUCAAUCUUGAACACUCUGUGCCCAUGUAUGCUCAAGAACUGGUCACCGCUGUCAGCAGUCUUAACCAGCCUUCAGACAACCUGCUGCAUCACUGCUAUGCACACCUCUGCCUCAAGGUGUUUGGGUUCCAAGCAGGCUUGACGUGCCAGGACAACGCAGGGGCUUUUCUGCCUCUCAUUCCCAUCAUCCCUUCCUUCAGCACUGCGCUCUAUGGGAAGCUGAUUCAGAUGCCUGUCUUCUGGAGCAAAAGGUCUUCGGUCCCCACCACAGAGUGUAUCUUCGAGCUUCCCCACUUCACUGUACAAGCCACGAGGGCCCAGACGCUUUUGCUCCAAGCGAUCUGUCAGAGCUGGACCCACAGCACGGCCAACGGAGCCCCGCCGACGCUCAGUGAAAGUUUGCUCAAUGAGGUGUACAAAGCUCCAGGUGUGAAAUAUCAAGGCCCGUCACCGACUCUCGAGGGCUCGGUCCAAAAUCUGGAGCUGAAGUUCUGCAGCCGUGCGACGGUGAAAUGCGCCUCGGGAACCGUGGGAGCUGUAAAAGUGUGCGCCAGGACCCCAGGCUCAGGAGAGGGUGCGAAAGAGAAGCUGGUUCCUCUGAUUCAGGGCCCGUCUGACACCAAAGAACUUCACAUGAGCCGCUGGCUCAAUGAGAUCCGCAAGCCCGAGUCUUUGCUGGCCCCCGACCUGCUGGCGUUUUCUGUUCAGGUGCCUCAGCAAGGAGACGACUGCAGGAACUCAGGUGCAGUCCUGCUGGUCAGUGUUCAGGGCAUAGCCGUCAAUGUGGACCCGAUCUUCUGCACAUGGCUGUUGUAUCAACCCCACAGAGGGAGCAGCAGGCAGCAGCAGCAGAAUCCGGGCCCAGCUCCUAAGAGAAGAGACGACGAGGUGUCGGUGGGGAGCACGCCGAUGGCUAAGCAGGCCUCCAAUCAGGCCUCAGACUACGCCAGCAGCCCCGUCAAAACCAAGACGAUGACAGAGUCUCGUCCCCUGUCCAUCCCAAUGAGGGUGAUGCCUGACGCCACGACCGAGGAGUCGUGGACGACGUCUGAAGAGCGAAUGAAGGAGCUCAUCGCCCACGCCUGGGAUGCUGUCAAACGACUUACACUACAGCUGGAGCUGCAGUCAUGCUGCGUUUUCCUGCCCAACGACAGCCUCCCGUCUCCGGGCACCAUCAUCUGCGGUGACAUUCCCGGCACCGUGCGUAGCUGGUACCACAACCAGGCUUCCAUGCCCGGGACUCUGGUGGUCUGCCUUCCCCAGAUAAGCGUCAUGAGCGCCGGGCACAAGUACAUGGAGCCACAGCAGGAGCUCCCCUUUGUGGUCUCGAAGCCCAUCUUGGAGGAAGGCGAUGCCUUCCCAUGGACAAUAAGCCUGAGCCAGUUCAGCAUAUACACGUUGCUGGGGCAGCAGCAAAGCCUGAGCCUGCUGGAGCCCAUGGGGUGCACCUCCACACUGGCCGUCACGUCUCACAAGCUGCAGAGCUGCUCUGAAGGAAGGAACUCCUUUGUUGUCUGCCUCCACGUCGAUCUGCAGCCGGUCCACGUCAAGUGCUCCAACCCUCAGGUUCAGCUGCUGUACGAGCUCCUCCUCAGCUGGAGCUCCACGUGGGCUCGUCUCCAGAGACAUGGCAUCCUGCGUCAAACCUCCAGCGUCCCCCAGGACCCCCCGGCCGGGGCCGCUCCAUCUUCUCCGGUGCGCAGCAGCGCCGGCACCGCCCUGCCUGACACCAGCACCUGCAGCCCCUCUGCAGAUUUUGGCUCCCCUACCGAGGGUGACUCUGUGCCUGCCGGAGACGAUGGUCCAUUCGCUGACACAGUGACUCUGGAGCAGAAGACAAACAGCAUCGGUGGAACCAGUGGGAAAGUCAGUCUUUGGAUGCAGUGGAUGUUACCCAAGGUCACAGUUAAACUGUUUGCUCCCGAGCCAGCUGCCAAAAAGACAGACAUAUGUGUCAUCGGUGAACUAGAAGACCUGAGUGCAUCUGUAGAUGUCCAGGAUGUUUAUACAAAGAUCAAGUGUAAAGUUGGGAGCUUCAACAUCGACCACUACAGAUGCAGUAUGGAGGAGGGUGUUCGGAGCUCGGGCGGCUGUGGAGGAGUGGUCCUCUCUUGCACUGACAAGCUGAACAGACGCACUGUGUUGGUUCGACCCGUCAGCAAGCAAGACACUUUCAGCCACUUCUCUGGCUUUUUCCCUCCUACGGCAGCUAAGGUCCUGGAGGGCUCUCAUCAGCAGCACGGCUUCCUGUCAAUCACCUACACUCAGGCCGUCACCAAAAACGUCCGUCACAAACUCACCAGCCGGCCGGAGCGUCCGACACGUGGCGGCGCCUCCACCGCCAGCCAGCGGGUGACGACCGAUCCUCUGGCAGACAGCUCGCCUCAGUACUUGAGAGAGAUCCUGCUGACAGCUCAGCCCUUUGAUGUGGUUCUGUCCUGUCCCUUGCUGGCCACCGUAGCUGGGGUUUUCCAGGCUACGGUACCAAGACGCUACAGAGAGCGCGGGAAGUCAGCAGGGCAGCCAAUGAGGAGCCACACGUUGACCUCCCGCUGUUUGCCCCUCAUCUACAUCAACACCAGCGUGAUCAGGGUCUUCUGCCCCGGGUCGCAAGACAAGGCCGCCGCUACGUCCGGAGAGCCCAAUGUGAAUAAAGAAGACACCCUGGCAAUAAAGUUAGGGUCCCUCAGCAUGGCUCCUCAGGCUGAUAACCCACUGACCCGCACGGUGCUGAGAAAAGACAUCUACCAACGUGCGUUGAACCUUGGCGUCCUGCGCGAUCCAGGUUCAGAAGUGGAGGACCGUCAGUAUCAGAUCGACCUCCAGUCCAUCAACAUCGGAACCGCUCAGUGGGAGCAGCUCAAGCCGGAAAAAGAGGGAAUCAAAGGAGGUGUGUCGGCGGAGAGCGAGCGCAGCUCCCAGAACCCGGCCCUCGAGUGGAACAUGGCGAGCAGCAUCAGGAGGCAACAGGAGCGUCGGGCCAUCCUGACACCAAUCCUAACCGACUUCUCCGUUCGAGUGACUGCCGCCCCAGCCAUCAUCUUCAGCAAGAGCCUCUCCCCCGACAGUGGUCAGACAGAGGAGGUGGUGGUGUGUGGCCACUCUCUGGAGGUGAAUGUGACCAGCAGCCUGGAUUUCUACCUCAGUAUCGCCCAGGUGCAGCUCCUUCAGCAGCUUCUCAGAGACAACAUGGUGGGCAUGGAUGCUCCCGAGAAAAGUGCCGAGGUGCGACGGCACGAGCAGAAGCGGGGCAGCCGAGACCCCGCGGGACGAACCGACACCUCGUCGCGCCACAGCGGGACCGGGCAGGACAGCGGCUUCGGCAGCGACAGCGCCCGCAUCCGCAUCGUCCAAAUAGAGCAGCAGAGCGGGACCAGCCACCACUGCAUCGCUAGGCCAUCCCACAAGUCCACCAUCACCAAGAACCUCAACUUCAUCCCCUUUGACAUCUUUCUCACCGCGAGCAAACUGUCCAUCAUGACCUACGCUAGCUCCAGUCCCCCGAAGGCCCUGUCCUCAUCGUCGGACACACACAGCACACCAGAGAAGAAGGAGUCUGGGGACAAGGUGGGGAAGCGUGCCCUCAACCAACCUGACAUCCAGUCUGGGUCUCCUCCACCCUCGGCCUCCACGGAUCCCGCUCCGGCCGCCCAGGGUUCGCUCGCCGGUCUGACCGCUGAGGACAUUCUCAACAGCAACACCUCCCAGCCGGCCUCCCCGCUGCUGAGAGGAAGUCUGCUCUCCCUCGAUGGCCUGCCCACUCCCACCCGCUCCUCAGCCCGCCAGGCGCUGGGGAUUACCAUAGUUAGGCAGCCGGGCAGGAGAGGGGCUGGGGACCAGGUGUUGGAGCCCCUCUUGUACCUCCAGGUGAUGCAGCCGUCUGCUCUGCUCAGCUGCCACCACCGUAAACAGAGGAUGGAACUGUCCGUGUUUGAUGUGGCCUUAAGAGGAGUAGCUUCCGACUACAAGUGCCUGGACCCGGGGAAGACACUGCCAGAAUCCCUGGACUACAAUGUGUUUUGGCUUCAGACAGUAGCCGGAGAGGUGGACAGUAAAACAGGCAUCCCUCCCCCUCUGCUCUGCCUCCAAAUCAAAGAUUUCCUCAACGGCCCAGCCGAGCUGAAUGUGGAACUAUCACGGCCCCUGAAAAUCAGCGCCACUUUGGCAAAGCUGGAGCAGGCCAAAGGUUACCUGAAGAAGGUCCUACCGAACCACACGUGGGACUCCUCCAGUAAACCGCCGCCCGCUCCCUACACCCCUCAUUCUUCCCCUAUGAAAAUGCGGCACAGGACCUUCCCUCCUCGCUCAGACCCGCACCAUCAGGCCACCUCUCCAGGUGAAGCCAGUGGUGUCGGGGGCCUGGCGCUGUCCUUCCACAGGGUCUUGCUGAACACUGCCCAGAUUUUAGUAGUCAUGGAAACAGAGGCCCACCCAAUGAGGCCUAGCAUGACUGUAUCGGUGUCAGCCAUGAUGGGGAGUCUGAACAUGAAGUCCGGGCCGAGAGUAGAAGAUGCAGUUCAGUCUGCCUCUGUGCUGCUGGAGUUGAAAGAUAUGCUGGUGAGAACGGGGCUGAAGGAGCGGAGCCGCGUCCUGCUGGGGCCGUUCUCCUGCGGCGUCUCCCUGGAGGCCCGGUGGUGUCGGCACAGCGGCAGCCCUGGACACGAGCCCGGCCCCCCUAAACUGCUGCUGGACCUGAAGGGGGGCCUGCUGCAGGUCUUCUGGGGUCAGGAACAUCUGAACUGCCUGAAGCUGGUGGAGGAGCACCUCAGUGCCUACCUCCACGCCCAGAAAGGGGAUUCAUCUCAUAGCUCCUCUAAGGGCAAGGCUACCCACAAUGCACCACCUCCCUCCCCGGGCUCUCCAUCUCCUCGGACGGAGCACAGCUCCGACGACUUGCGCACGGGACAUUUUCAGUACAUCCAAGACUCAGCUUUGCAGAGGCUACCGGGUCCCCAUGAGGUCGUGUUCUACGGCGAGACGGAGGACAGUCCGGGGGUGAUGCUGUGGAGAUACCCCGAACCCCGCGUCCUCACCUUCGUCCGGAUAACACCUGUUCCUUUCAACACCACGGAAGACCCUGAGAUCAGCACCGCUGACCUGGGAGAUGUGCUUCAGGUACCGUGCAGCUUAGAGUAUUGGGACGAGCUCCAGCAGGCCUUUGUUCCGUACCGGGAGUUCAGCCUGUCAGAGAGCCGCCCGUGCCAGCUGCAGCUGCCCAGCCUCAGCCUCACCAGCCAGCAGAAGGAGCUUGUGGCCUCAGACCUGUGGAGGAUUGUACUCAACAACAACUCGGAGGGAGGAGAUGAACAGAGUUCUGAUAGUGAGAGCGGGUCACAGCUCCCCUGUGACCAGUUGGUGUCUCCGAUGGCGUUGGCGGCUUGUACCCGCGUCGACUCGUGCUUUGCACCCUGGUUUGUCCCUUCCCUGGGUGUGUCGCUACAACUAGCACAGCUGGAGGUGCACUUCUGCCACCAUCUAGAGCAGCUUGGUACAGCUCCAUCCCGGCAACUUCACCCGUUCCUGCCAGACCGAAAGUUGCCUCAGGAACAGGAGUUCAUGGUGAUCGGUGCUCGGGAGCCGCGAGUGUUUUUGCACCAGUGGAGCAACGGACCACGUUUCUGUCAAGAGUUCAGCUUCUCCACUCGGCUGGACUGCAAGCUGCUGGAGUAUCGAAACUUAACGCACCUUCAGCUCCUGCAGCCUUGUGUGCUACAGGGCCAAGCUGCCGCCACUUGCUGCCCCCAGAGCACCUCUUUGGAUGUGAAUGUGUUUGUGGAUCCAGUGUUCCUCAAUGUCAGCCAGUAUGCCAUCCAUACCGUGGACACCGCCCUGCACAGCUGGCAACAGAAUCAGAACCCAGAAGCCGAGGAGCUGUUUUUCAGCCACUAUGUGAUCUGUAAUGACACACACGAGACUCUGCGGUUUGGCCAGGUGGACACAGAUGAGAAUGUGCUGUUGGCCAGCCUCCACAGCCACCAGUACAGCUGGAGGUCCCAUAAGUCCCCCCAGCUGCUGCACAUCUGCAUCGAGGGAUGGGGGAACUGGCGCUGGUCGGAGGCCUUCAGCGUGGACAAUGUGGGGACUCUGCUGAGGACCAUCCAGUACAAAGGACGCACCGCUUCGCUCAUCAUAAAGGUCGUGCAGCUCAGUGGUGUCCAGAAGCAGGUGAUCAUCUGUGGGCGGCAGGUGAUGUGCAGCUACCUGACUCAGGACAUCGAGCUGCGAGUGGUGCAGCACUACGUGGGGCCCGACGGCCAGACGGUGGUCAGGGAGCACUGCGACUGCCUGGAGGCCGGAGCCAAGCUGCCCUCCUAUGUGCUGGAAGACGUGGAGAUGACGGAGCUGUGCGUGAGGGCGCGAGGAGACGAAGACUGGUCCCAGGAUGUUCAGCUGGAGAGGAGGGACAAGGGCGGCAGCAGCUCUGUCGUGCAGGUGCCCUGUUCCAGUGGUUCUUUGCUUUACGUGUGGUGCACUCUCAUCACCAUCGAACCUGGCUCCCACAUGCAGCAGAGAGUGGUGGUUUUCAGUCCACUGUUUGUCAUGAGGAGUCACUUGCCGGAUCCACUGAUCGUCCACAUAGAGAAAAGGAGUCUAGGACUGAGAGAGAACCAGCUGAUUCAUGGCCAGGGCCACCAGGAGCCCCUGUUAAACACUGAAGCGGACCUUACCCACCACCUCACUUUCCAGGCCAGGGAGGAUGAAGACGCUUCACAAUGCGCCGUGCCCAUCUCCACCAGCCUGAUCAAGCAGAUAGUGAACAAGACUGGGAGUGAAGACAACCCGGAGCACAUCCUGGCAGAUUUCUAUGGUCCCAAGUCCACCACUGAGCCACCGUGGCCUUAUCUCACCAAAGACACUGAGAGGUCAGUGCUAGAGCCUCUCGCCCAAUGGGACAGUCCAAUGCAGGUGAAGUUGUCCUGCUGGAAGUCUGGUCUGAACACGCUGCUGGUGGAGCUGCUCCCCUGGGCCCUGCUGGCCAACGACUCCCAAUGGGAUCUCUGGCUCUUUGAAGGAGAAACCAUUGUGCUGCAGAUACCGGCCGGAAAGGUUAUUGUACCACCCAACUUUAAGGAAGCUUUUCAGAUUGGCAUCUACUGGGCCCACACCAACACCGUCCACAAGUCUACAGCUCUGAAACUGGUCCACGACCUGACCUCCCCCCGGUGGAAGGAGGGCUCGAGUUCAGAGAUGGUCACUCUGGACGAAGAGGGAUAUGUAGAAGCUGACAUCACCUUGGGAGCAUUUCCUGGCAAACAGAAGCUGUGUCAGUUCUGUGUUUCAUCUGUGGUGAGACAUGGCAUCCAGAUAAUACAGAUAGAGGACAGGACAAUACUUGUCAACAACACUUCGUACACGAUACACUACAGGCCUCUGCUGAGUAACAACGCCCUGGGAGCUGAUGACCAGGCCUGUGAGAUACCAGAGACAGCCAUGUUCACCUUGCCUCCUUGUGAGGAGUCGUCCCUCGCUAAGCCGUGCUCAGUGCCAUGCUGGGACCUCGUCCAAGCCAACGUCCAGGGAAACGUUGAGUUCCCGUUGCCGCUCAGACACAUGCUCUUCAGCGUGCUCCCAGGGCCAGAUGCCGGAGUUGGAUCAGCGGCGUGGAGCCUCCCCGCUCCCAUCCGACCGGACUUCCCCAGGCAGAGUUUGUCCGUUCCCGGGGAACCAGACUCAGGGGGUGGCCUGAGCAGCAGAGCUAUCGUACUCACAUAUCAGGAGCACCUUGGGGUGACAUACAUCACUUUAAAUGAGGACCCCUGUCCCCGCAUGCUCAUCCACAACAAGUGUCCCAUCCCACUGGUGUUUAAGGAAAAUGUCAAAGAAACUCCAAGGACUGAGGUGUUCUGUCGUCCUCUGCCUGCUAACUGUUCCCUGCACCAUGAGCUCUACUACCACUUCUCCAGUUUCCCAGAGUGUAGGCAGAAAGAGACGCUGCCCACAGUGCUGCUGAAAACCACCUCAGACCACAGCACCACCGACUGGACAGACCCCAUAGACAUCAACUGCCCUGGCACUCAGGUGGUGUUUCUGCCGGGCUUCGGCUGCCUCUAUGUGGACGUGUUGUAUGAGAACGGCACCCUGGUUCUGUCUCUGGCGCCCGAAGGCAGCGUGGCCGCUAUAGUCAACCAACACAGCAGGUCUUCCAAGCUGUCUUUUCGGGUCCUCCUGAGUGAAGCCAGCGUGGUGAUAAGUGACGACAUCACCAGUCCCACCGGCUCCGUGGAGCUGCUGAGACUCACGUUAACCAAGCUUCUCCUCAGCCUGGCCCCCACACCCACCUCCCUUCCCUCCGAGUUCGAAGUAGACCCCGGCGUGGGCGCAGCGUCCAUCUCCGCUGCGGUGUCCGACGCCUCUCUAAUCGAGGUCUACUGCUCGAGCCUGCAGGUGGACAACCAGUUGUACAACCGCGCUAGUUUCCACUUCCCCGUGCUGCUGUGCCAAGACCAGAGAGGGGGAGUCGAGCCCGGGGGUCAGUGGAGCAGCGACGCCAACCCUACAGAGUCCCCUGAAGCUCUGGACGCGUUCAAAAGCUCCUGUUUUCUGCAGCUGAGAAUUAGACUGUCUGGGGACAGAUGCACUGUGGAGGAGGUCUCCCUCCAGCUGCAGCCGGCCAGAGUCUACCUCGAAGACACUUUUGUGUACUACAUUAAGACCUUGUUCCACACCUACAUCCCCGAAAGUGCUUUUGCCCCCGCAAAGUCCCAGAGGUGCCAAAAGUCUGGAUCGGCCCCAGUUCUCCCCGAACAGGUGAUCCAGUCGGUGCAGGCGUUGGUCCAGCCCGUGCGGCUGCAGAGACUGACCAUCCAGCCGGUCAACCUGCUGGUCAGCAUCCACGCUUCCCUGAAGCUCUACAUUGCUUCAGACCACACUCCCCUCUCCUUCUCUGUGUUCGAGAGAGGACUGGUCUUCACCACAGCCAGGCAGCUGGUUCACGCGCUGGCGAUGCAUUACGCUGCUGGAGCCCUUUUCAGAGCUGGAUGGGUGGUGGGAUCUCUGGAGAUCUUAGGAAGUCCUGCCAGUCUGGUGCGGAGCAUCGGUAACGGCGUGUCCGACUUCUUCCGCCUCCCGUACGAGGGUCUGACCCGUGGCCCCGGAGCCUUCGUGAGUGGAGUGUCCAGAGGGACCACCUCCUUCGUCAAACACAUUUCCAAAGGCACCCUGACCUCCAUCACCAACUUAGCUACGAGCCUGGCGAGAAACAUGGACCGUCUGUCCCUGGACGAGGAGCACUACACCAGGCAGGAGGAGUGGAGGCGACAGCUCCCAGAGAGCCUCGGGGACGGGCUGAGGCAGGGACUGUCACGACUCGGCAUCAGCUUGUUAGGAGCAAUCGCCGGCAUCGUGGACCAGCCCAUGCAGAACUUCCAGAGGAGCUGGGAGAUGCAGAGCUCGGCUGGUAGCAAAGCCAAAGGAAUGAUUUCUGGCGUGGGCAAAGGCAUCGUGGGGGUUUUCACCAAGCCCAUUGGAGGAGCAGCCGAACUGGUGUCCCAGACUGGAUACGGCAUCCUCCAUGGAGCCGGGCUGUGGCAGCUUCCUAAACAGCUCUACCUGCCCACAGAAGAGAAGUCAGCUCUGGCCCCGAACAGCCACCUAAAAUAUGUCUGGAAGAUGCUUCAGUCUCUGGGGAGGCCGGAGCUCCACAUGGCCCUGGAGGUGACCAUCGUGAGCGGGUCAGGUCAGGAGCACGCCGGCUGUCUGCUGCUCACCUCCGAGGUGUUGUUCGUGGUCAGCCUCAGCGAGGACACCCAGCAGCAGGCCUUCCCCAUCACAGAGGUGGAGUGUCGGCAGGAUCCGGGACAGCCGGGCCAGCUGACUCUCACGUUACAUCAGCAGACGGUGGCCAGCGACACGGAGGGUGACGGCGUCCGCGAGCGUCUCUCAGAGCUGCAGUAUCGCCGCCUGGUGGAUUACGUGACGCGAGCCUCCCAGUUCCUCUCUCCCUCCGUCGCGUCUCUCCAGCUGCAGCCCCCGGUGACGCUGGCGGAGCCGCCGGCCUCCGUCACCAAGGGUUACCGCUACCUGGUGGACCCCGCCUUUGCCAAGGUGUUUGUGAGCAAGUUCACCAUGGUGAAGAAUAAAGCCUUACGCAUCGGCUUCCACUGACGCGCCAGAGCACACCUGAGACUGAUGGCUAUAAAAAAAACAAAACAGACCUUUUACUCUGUUUAUUUUUUAUAAAUAAGCCUUAAAAAACUAUUACACUCUGUUACCUGUUCCUCACCUUUUGAUGUAAAAGUUAACUUUUGUAUAUUUAAGUCCACUUGGUGGCGCACGCCUUAGGGAAUUAGAGCAAAGUAGGGAAAAAAAAAACUCAUCACACAACUAUCAGUGGGGUUAGAGUGAGUUUUAAUCAUAGAAACACAUUUCGUUUCAGUGAACGCUAAAACAAAAAGGAGUUAAAGUCAGCGUGAAACCUUCCUCAGUGUUACAGAUAGAAAUGAACAGUCUGUGACGGUUCACUCUGCUUCACGACGGCUCUCUGUGUUUACACUCUGCAUCUAAUGAGUCUCACGCCAACGUUAAGUGCAAUAUUAAAUACAUGUUGAUGGACACUAGAGACAGCAGCUGUCAACCAAAAUGUCUUUUUUUUUUUUUACAAAAUAUAAAUGAUGUAAGAUACUGGUUUGACAGUAACACUGUUGUUUGUAACCUUACGUUGAUGCCAACCCUCUUUGUGAUGCAAAUACAUUAUUGUUGCCUUUUAUAUUGUUGUUGUAAGAUUUUACGUCAAAAUGCCUUAAAUGUGUAAAUCCAUAAUAUAUUAAUCAAGAAUCUUGUUUAUUAAAAACUUGUAGAAAUGUC